AGCAUGUUAGAAAGGCAAGCCUAGCUGGUAAGGUAGAGGUAGGUAAACCGAGAGAUGCAGUGCUGCCCUGUGUGUGUCUCUGGGAGGCUGUCACUAGAGCAACUCGUCACCCUCUCUUCAGGGACCAUGGUGUGUUAUGGAGCUACGAUUUACAGAUUCACUGCAGAAGCGGGGGUUGCAGAUAGAAGUUCACCUUGAGCUAGAGUCCAACAGUGCCACUCUGGACUUCUGGGAUUACAAGAAAUGCUAAUAGAUCCCAACGUCAACAGAGAUUAAAUCGGAUCUGACAGCCAAGAGUGUCUUCAUAAUCUUUAACUUUUGGAUUGCUGGUCCAGACUUAAAGGCUACAGAACGUCUGACACAGAGGCGCUAUAAACUGACAAUCUGGGGACAGAAAUCAAACAGGUAGGCUUCUUGCUUUGGCAGAAACUUGCCAGCUGUCAGUUUACCAGACAGCAUACAGAACCAAGAUUGUGACACCCACAGCUCACACUGGAACCCCGCAAAGCCACGACCAAGCAGGUCCUGCAGCCCAGGGACCCCGGAGCCGGCCUGACCUUGGACCGUCUGUCACCCGAACCCCUCAUGGCAGAGACGUCCAGCAUGUCUCAGACCGGAGGACGGUUCCACAACAAAAAGGCUGGGAUUCGGGCCGCCGUGAUCCUGAUCGGACUCCUGCACAAGUCUCGCAAAGCCAAGGAGAGGGAGAGAGAGAGAGAGAAAGAGGAGAGCGAAGGGAAACAGGAGCUGCUGAACAUUUCCACUGUCCCUCUAGGAGAAUGUCCCCCCUCACCUCCUCGCACUGCUCCGCCAAACAUGAAGUCUGCAGAGUUCUUCGAUAUGCUGGAGAGGAUGCAGGUCCCUAAAGCUGAAGAGACCAAAAGAUGGAAGGAUGACUACAUCCCCUACCCACGGAUAGAAGAUGUACUUGAGAAAGGUGGUCCAUACCCCCAGGUAAUCCUGCCACAGUUUGGUGGUUACUGGAUUGAGGAUGUGGAGGCACCAGCAGGGACCCCCUCUUCCUCAGAGUCCAGUUUCUGUGAGGAAGAGGAAGGCGGGGAGGGCAUGAGCCCUGGUGGGGGACACAGCUACCGCCUGGAGUGUAAUAGCACCGCCCGCGCCUACCGCAAACAUUUCCUAGGCAAUGAACACAUGAACUAUUACUGCACGGGCAGCAGCAUAGGCCACCUCAUCAUGUCUCUGAAACAUGAAGAGGCUGAGGGACAGGAGUUCCUGCGCAUCAUGCUCAGGUCGAGGAUCAAAACAGUCCAUGACAGGAUCUCGUUAGCAGGCAUCAACCAGCUGCCUAGUGUACCCCAGAUUGCCAAGCUUCUGUGUGACGAUGCCACAGGGCUGAAGUUCAACCCGGUCCUCUACCCUCGGGGAUCCCAGUUGAUAGUGGCUUAUGAUGAACACGAGGUGAACAACACCUUCAAAUUUGGAGUCAUCUACCAGAAGUUUGGACAGACAUCAGAGGAAGAGUUGUUUGGGAACAAUGAGGAGACGCCAGCUUUCAAGGAGUUUCUCAGUACCCUGGGUGACAAUAUGGAACUUCAAGACUUUAAAGGGUUCCGUGGUGGGCUGGAUGUUUCCCACGGACAGACAGGGUCGGAAUCUGUCUACACUGUCUUCAGACAGAGAGAGAUUAUGUUCCAUGUGUCAACCAAGCUUCCCUUUACUGAAGGAGACGUCCAGCAGCUCCAGAGGAAAAGACACAUAGGAAACGACAUCGUGGCCACAGUCUUCCAGGAAGAGCCCACACCAUUUGUUCCCGACAUGAUUGCCUCCAAUUUCCUGCAUGCUUACGUGCUGGUGCAGGUUGAGAACCCCUGUACAGAACAGACAACAUACAAGGUGUCUGUAACAGCGAGGGAGGAUGUGCCUCCUUUUGGACCCCCUCUACCAAACCCAGCUGUCUUUAGGAAGGGUCCCGAGUUUCGAGACUUCCUGCUGACAAAGUUGAUCAAUGCUGAAAAUGCCUGCUACAAAUCCGACAAAUUUGCCAAACUAGAGGGGCGAACGCGAGCUGCACUGCUGGACAACCUCCACGACGAGUUGCACAGACAGAGCCAGGCCAUGCUGGGUCUGGGCCAGGCGGGAGAGGAGGACAAGCUGGAGAACGGGGGACACGGGGGUCUGCUAGAGUCCUUCAAGAGAGCCAUGCGUGUCAGGAGCCACUCCAUGGAGACCAUGGUAGGGUCCCACCGUCACAGGAGCCCCGGGGUGGGAGGUGGGGUGCCCGCCAGCGUGAGUGGAGGAGGGCUACCGCAAAGCACCAGCGAAUGCACUAAGAGCACCUUCACUCCUCCUGGGUUGUCAGCCAAGUCUCCUCUGAAGAGCCCAGUGAAACGGCGCUCCGGCCUCUUCCCUCGUCUCCACUCCAGCACAGAAUCCCCAUCGGACAAACUUACACGCUGUGAACAAAAGCCUGCAGAUAUCUACCAGCUGUCCCAGGAAGUGAGGUCAGAGACAUUAUCCAAUCCCAGCUCACCUGAGAUCUGCCCCAACAAAGAGAGGCCGUUCAUCAAGCUGAAAGAGUGUGGAAGCAGCAGACCUAACAUCUCUCGUUCUUCAUCCAGCACCAGCAGCUUUAGCAGUACCACAGGAGAGACAGAAGCUCUGGAAGAACUGGAGACAACCAGCCAUCCCUCUAUAGCGUCCUCUUCUGCCUUUAGUCCUUCCCUCAGUGUGGACAGCCAGGGAUCAGGUACCCCUGUCAUCAUGUGCCGCAGUCCAACAGAUGUGAAAAGUAAGACGUCACCAAGGUCAAAUUUGAAGUUCCGUUUUGACAAAAUGAGCCACUCAUCCACAACUUCCGAGUAGCUUUGCGGAAUGGAAAUAUCAGACUUGCACAACAAAGGGACUGCACAGGUUGACGGAGCUGCAAAAAGAAAAAUCACAACCAAAACAACAAAAUAACCAUAGAACCACUUCCCAAUGCCAAGGAUAAUCUGACAAGAUUACCAAGUGCACCAGAGUCCGCACACACUAUAACCUAACUGACAAUACUGUGAGCGUAUAUAUUGAGGUGAGGCAGCUGACAUGUUGGUUUUCCUUUUAACCAACCUUAGGCUACAGAAAUUAGUCAAUACAAUGCCGUUGUAACAAGUUGCUGCAUCUCAGUUGUUAAAUGUUCACAUCACAUGAAGUCCUAGCAUGGCUGUAAUACUGUGAGUGCAGCUGAGCUAGAAUCUGCCUCAGCUUUUUCUAGAGCGUCUCGUUUAUGAGAAAGAUACAGUGAAGAAUGUUAACAUGAAACUAUGGCUAAACUGUUACUCAUUAUCUGUUCGACUGCUGAGUGCUCAGUGGAAUUAGAAAUGUCAGACAUCAGGAUGUUCCCUUUUUGCCUUUGCCCUUGAAUGGUACGUCUGGCAGCAGUUCCUCUUUUGCCUAAAAAAAAGUACACAGACAAACACAAAAGACAUGCACACAGUAGCAACAUUUUGGAGGUGAUGACACAGGGAGUCUCAAUUCUCUACUGUACGAUCUGAGCUUGUUCUUUGCAUAUAAAAAAUUGCUUUUCUAGGACCCAACACCUUUAAUUUCCGAGAUGCUUUUGUAACCUUGCUAGCUGCUACGUUGUGUCUACUGCACUAUUAACUCGACAUUGCUGAAAGUCAGUCGAAAUACCUAUGACAGCAUUUCUGUAACCUGUAAGGGGGACUUCAAAUCCCUGAGCUCAAGUGCUUGGUUAAUGGAAAUUAACUCAUAUGGAGCACAGUGGGAGACACUGUCAAAACAUUUUGCCAUGCGCUUAUUUUAGCCAAAGCCGCGCAUUACAAUCUAUCAAAAGCCCUUUCAUCACUGAUGCACGCUCUCUUUCUCUCUCUCUCUCUCUCUCUCUCUCUCUCUCUCUCUCUCUCACUAUGUGAGAGGACAAGAAUCUUCUGGAUCCGCUUAAAGCACAGUUGUGGGUUGCCGAUUAACACCCGCAUUCACUGAAGAUUCUGAAAACAUUUCACCUUCAGAUACCUCCCUUUGAAGCUUGCUAGCUCGGUGUAUCUGUGUCUAUGUUUGUUGAAACUUUUGAACAAGGAAGUCUCCCAAGUUUCUCAGCAUGUGCGCUGAUAAUAAUGACUUGAAAAAAAAGAUGCUUCAGGUUAAAAGAAUCUUUGAACCACACAUGUAAUGUGAACUUUGUAGGGUUAUUAUUAUUAUUAUUUUUGUAUUUUUGAUUUGACGCUUUGUUGGUUGUUAUUACAAAGUCUCUUAAAAGUAAAUUGCAAAGCCAGGUGCUUAAAAGCACAACAGGACAAUAGAUGUACCAGUCCUCUCUACUCUAUCAACUCUAUCAUAACAUUAGCCUGGAGCUGCAUAACAGAGGAAGGUUUGAGUGUGCUAAUCAAGACACCCACAUGUGUUUCCUGUGUGACCAAACAACUCAGCUUGUAGGUCUUUGAAAGAAUGCAUAUGUGCUGCUCUUACUGUCGAGACAGCCAUUGGAUGGCAGGAUUGUGUGUGAAGUUCUGUCACUCAAAUCCUAGAGAGUCGUUUCACCCAAAUUACAAACACCUACGUUGUAUUUCGGGUGACUUUUUCAUUUUUUGCAAGAAAGCUGCAGAACAGCUGAAUGAAAGUUCUGAUAAGUACUUUAAGGAACAAGCUUGUUGACUAAUACACACUGUGCUCAGUUAGGCCAGUGGUUAUCUUCAACAAGGGAAACAGGGAUAGAAAUCACACAAAAACAGGAAGUUCAGAUGUACUUUUGUUUGUAGCAGGUAUUGUAAAUGCUCUGCUGCCUUUCCUCUGUUAAUAUGCUUAAUUUAUUCAAAUGAAACUUCUUUAGCCUUGAUGUCAUGUACAAAUGUAACUGCAGAGUGUGCUAAUGAUUAAGGUAAAACGAUUAAAGGAAAUAUGUUAAUUUAAAAGAUGUCUAAACAUGUAUAUGUAUAUUUGGUUAUGUAACGUGCCAUUGAGAAUUUAUUCUAAAAUAAAAUGUUGUAUUUUGUGUCA